AUGGAUUCUUUCCGUGCAUAUCCAGAGUCAUCAUCCAUGGCCAGAACAAGCUGGACCAGGCCCAGCACAAGUGCAUCACAGGCGACGGCCCACCUCCCAGCGCGACGGCACACCUCCCCCGCCUCCCGCAUAACUCGUGGCCACCUACCCCGCCCCAUUCACCUUAUCCUUUCACUCCUCACUCCACUCCUCACUCCCCUCCGCCGCCGCAUCGCCGCGCGCGUCGACGAACUGCCGGCCGCGCUCCUCCGCGCGCGUCAACGAGCUGCCGGCCGCGCUCCUCCGCCCCUUCAUCGUCUACCACUCCGCCGUCUUCGGCAACUUCAAGGGUCGCACCAUCCUGGUUCGCAUCCAAACCCCUCCUCCCUCUUCCCGCUUAGCUCUUCUUGUUCUUGUUGGGGGAAUCCGACUGACUGGCUCUUCGCUGGUGCCCAGUUCGACUGCGGCAUCCACCCGGCCUACUCCGGCAUGGCGGCGCUGCCCUACUCUGACGAGAUCGACCCCUCCACCAUCGACGUCCUCCUCGUCACCCACUUCCACUUGGACCACGCCGCCUCGCUGCCCUACUUCCUCGAGAAGACGACGUUCAAGGGCCGCGUGUUCAUGACCCACGCCACCAAGGCCAUCUACAGGCUGCUGCUCUCGGAUUACGUCAAGGUCAGCAAGGUGUCGGUGGAGGACAUGCUGUUUGACGAGCAGGACAUCAUCCGUUCCAUGGACAAGAUCGAGGUCAUAGACUUCCACCAGACACUUGAAGUUAAUGGCAUACGCUUCUGGUGCUAUACUGCUGGCCAUGUACUUGGUGCUGCCAUGUUCAUGGUGGAUAUUGCCGUUGUUCGCAUUCUUUACACCGGUGACUACUCCCGUGAAGAAGACCGGCACCUGAAAGCUGCUGAGAUCCCCCAGUUCUCCCCUGAUAUUUGCAUUAUUGAGUCAACUUAUGGCGUGCAGCAACACCAACCCCGCCAUGUCAGAGAAAAGCGCUUCACUGAUGCCAUCCACAACACUGUUUCUCAAGGGGGGCGUGUUCUUAUCCCGGCAUAUGCUCUUGGUAGAGCACAGGAACUGUUGCUUAUCCUGGAUGAGUAUUGGUCUAACCACCCAGAGCUCCAUAAGAUUCCAUAUUAGAAAAGGUACGCCGAUCUACAACGCCAGAAGCCCCGGUACGCCGAUCCGUGGUGGUUCCUCCUCUACUUCUUCCAUUUGUUGCUUCCCUAACCUGAUCUCAUCCUCGCUGUUCUAUCGAGGCGCCAUGGCACGGCCACACAUGGAGGGCCAUGGAGAAGACACGGCCACGGUGGUGCAGCCUGUGGUCCACAUCGCCGGCAAGAAGAACCACCACGAGGUCGGGUCACGGUGGUGCAGCCUGUGGUCUUCAUCGUCUACCACUCCGCCGUCUUCGGCAACCCCCACCACUUCCGCGUCAAGGUGGUUGUUGAUGCCGGCACCGGGAGCGGCAUCCUCGUUUUCUGGAGCGCUCAGGCCAGCGCCAGGACGAUAGUGAGG